AUGAACCAGGCCAUGAAGCGCAAAAAACCUCCUCCACGUCGCACAGCACUGACUAGCUCACCUCUUCUGGAACAGUGUCCCCAGAGAAAAGGCGUUUGCACUCAUAUCUUGAUCCGGACACCCAAAAAACCCAACUCGGCUAGACGGAAGGUCGCUCGUGUCAAAUUGACCAAUGGAGAGUCCGUCAUGGCUUACAUUCAAGGAGAGGGUCACAAUCUCCAGGAGCAUAGUGUCGUUCUCGUUCGAGGUGGUCGUGUCAAGGAUUUGCCUGGAGUCAAAUACAAAAUCUGUCGUGGUGCUUUGGACUUUGGUGGUGUAGUUGGGAGGAGUACGGCUCGCAGUCGCUACGGUGUCAAGAAGCCCAAAAAAUAG